CUUUUCCUCCCUAACCCACAACCUGCUGUUCAGCUCAGCUUCGGUUUUGACAUAACUUCAGAAGUCUUUCCGCCAUCAAUGUUUGUGAGCCGUUAUCUUUGAGCGAGGGACCCACGGAACGCCAUACCUGCGCAAGGCCACAGUCAUGCAAGCCAUCAAAUGUGUGGUGGUGGGAGAUGGAGCUGUGGGUAAAACCUGCCUCCUGAUCAGCUAUACCACAAAUGCCUUCCCAGGAGAAUAUAUCCCUACUGUGUUUGAUAACUAUUCUGCCAAUGUGAUGGUUGAUAGCAAACCUGUAAACCUGGGACUGUGGGAUACAGCCGGCCAGGAAGACUAUGACCGCUUGAGGCCUCUCUCCUAUCCUCAGACGGAUGUCUUCCUGAUCUGCUUCUCUCUAGUCAGCCCUGCAUCUUAUGAAAAUGUCCGUGCUAAGUGGUUCCCUGAAGUACGACAUCAUUGUCCUAGCACUCCUAUGAUCCUUGUGGGCACAAAGCUGGAUCUCCGAGAUGACAAGGACACCAUUGAGAAGCUCAAGGAGAAGAAGUUGGCACCCAUUACAUACCCACAAGGCCUUGCACUGGCCAAGGAGAUUGAUGCAGUGAAAUACCUUGAGUGCUCAGCACUGACCCAGCGUGGCCUGAAAACAGUGUUUGAUGAGGCAAUUCGGGCGGUUCUCUGUCCACAACCCACAAAGACAAAGAAAAGGGGAUGCAGCAUCCUUUAAGGAUUCCAGACUCUGCUCCCUCACCCAAUUGAAUUGCUCCUUUUGCUGGGCUUUGCUGCUAGGACAAAGACUGAAGACUUUGGCACUAUCUGGGCUCCUCUCCUGUGUCUCCCUAAGUGACCCCAGUGUUUUGGGAGGGAUGCCUCCACACUGGCUGUUUAUUCUGGAACUGCCAUCCUUUGCUCGCUUUCUUUUUAUGGAGCCUUCACAUGACAUCAUAGUUAAGUUUCCUGCAUUCUAGUGUUUUCUGAAUCUUUGUCCCUCCCCCCCCCCCGCAGACCUGAGUUGUGGCUAUUUUUUUAAAAAAAUCUAAAUCUGAUCGUAGCACCAGCCUCUGCACUGUGGACAGGAAAAAAACUAUCAAGGGGUUUCAAGGCAUCUGUGCUUUCCAGUUUCUAUUUGCAAGUUCAGAUUGUUUUAUUGCUUCCUGUUGAUCUGGGCUAGGAGAUUUUUGGUUAACAGAGUCUGGUUUGCACCCAGCUCCUGCCGGGAGGAAGGGUGGGAUAUAAAUCAAAUAAUAAAUACAAUAAAAUAAAUAAUAGCCUCUUUAAAUUGCUCCAAUUUAUUUUCUCCCCCUGUGAAUGGGGACAGAGCUUUUAAUUAUUGAUUUCAUAUCUAUUAUUCUUUUCUUCACUUGUUUUAAUGGUGAAAUAGCAUAAUAAAAGUGCCAUUUGAACAUUUACACAAGAAAAGAGAAAAAAGUGAGAGAAAGUAAAUAAUCUCCCUGCCCCAUAGUGGAAGGGAAACUGACACUGAGGUGAUUUAAGAGUACUAUUCACCACUAAUCCUCAACCCAUAUCAACAGGAAGCCAUAAAACCGGUAAAACAGGAGGCUUUCAAAUAGCAUUAGACAGUGGUGGCUGGUGGCUCCAUGUCAGUGAGGCAGUGGAAUCCAUUCUGAAUUUUAGUCCGUGCUUUUCAGGAAGCUGUCCAAGGUGCUGAGUUUAUAAUAGGACUGGCUUUCAACACCUUAGACAGCUCCUUGAAUGUUUGGAUUAAAUCCAGAGUGGAUUCCACUGCCCCACUGACAGGGAACCACUAGCUGCUACUGGCAUAAGAAAGGACCUUUGCUGAAUGGACCUUUCUUCUGAGUGAUCAUUACAGAAUGAGGGAGAACAUUGCUUGAUAAUGCAGUGGUAUGUAAAGUGUCUCAUGCAAUAACUCCAUUUUCAUUCCACUUCUGGUCUAUUGUGGAAAAGCAGUGCUUCACCUGUGCUAAAGGGCUCUUGCAUGUAACCCUAGUUCUCUCUUGGUACAAUCUCUCUGCCCGUGCCACUGAUCACUGCAUAGCAAAUAAGACUCAAUAAACGCUCUCUCUUUGCUCCUGUCA